UAUGGCGGCGCGCUGAGCUCUGAGCGCUGAGGGGGAUCAUGGCGCAGCCCCCGCCGUUCCCCGCCCGCCUCCCGCCGCCUUUCCGCGCCUUCCCACCGCCCUUCCCCGGCCCCCCUGCCCGCCCCGCGCCCUUCCCGGUGGGGCCGGGGGCGCCCCCGCCCUUCCUCCUGCCGCCCGCCGGCCCUGUAGUUGAGGCCGGGCCGCGCUUCCCGCCGGGCGGCCCCUACUUGGCGGCGGCCCCGCCGCGGGUCGGGGCCGAGGAGGAGGCGGCGGCGCAGCGGCAGCAGGACGAGCUGUGGCUGUCGCAGUUCCUGGGCCGCCGGCGCGCCGCUCCCCCUCCGCCGCCGCCGCCCACCGCCGCCAACCCCAGCAGCGCCCGGGCCGUGGCGGUAGCGGCGCUGGGGCGGGUGGCCCGGGUGUCCGCGCUGUGCCGGGCCCUGCGGCGGAGCGAGGCUGAGGGCGACGGGCCGGGCUGGGCCCGGGCGCGGGAGGAGGCGGAGGCGGCGCUGCGGGAGCUGCGGGAGGUCGUGCGGCCCCUGCGGGAGCCCGGAUACCGCGAGGAGCUGCGCAGGAAGGCAGAGAGGGCGAGGAAGAGGAGGCUGCGCCUGCAGCGGAGGAAGCUCGAGGCCAGGGCGGCCAAGGAGGAGGCGGCGGCCCGGGCCGCCGAGCGGGAGGCCAAGAUCGACCAAUGGCGGGCCAAGUGCAUCCAGGAGGUGGAGGAGAAGAACCGGGAACGAGAGCUUAAGGCUGCUGCUGACAGUGUCUUGUCUGAAGUACGGAAGAAACAAGCAGACACCAAGAGGAUGGUAGAUGUCCUGCGUGGGCUGGAAAAGCUUCGGAAACUGAGAAAAGAGGCUGCUGCCAGAAAAGGUGUUUGUCCACCCCCCUCAGCAGAUGAAGCAUUUGAAACUCAGGUGGAGAGUCUGAAAACGUUGCUCAAAACUCGCACAGAGCUGUAUGAGGCUGAGGAGAGAGCAUUAAGGGUUAUGCUAGAAGGAGAACAGGAGGAGGAAAGAAAGAGGGAAAUGGAAAAGAAACAGAAGAAGGAAAGGGAAAAACUACUACAGCAGAAACUGGAAAUGGAUUCCAAGCUGUUUGGGGAUCCAGCUGAAUUCCCACUCGCCCAUCUAUUGCAGCCCUUCAGAGACUACUACUUACAAGCUGAGCAUUCUGUAGCAGCUCUUAUCCAGAUCAGGCAUGAAUGGGAUCAGUACUUGGUGCUAGCUGACCACCCCGAAGGAAGCUGCAUCCCUCCAGGAUGGGUUCUCCCCAGUCUCCCCACCAAUGACACUUGGGCCACUGCCGUCAGAUGAUUUACUAAUAAAUUAUGUUAACGUUGGAGGAUUGUUUCAUUAAAAUUACAUGUGUUAAAUAUGAGAGGGCCCGAAGAGGAAGUCUCAUCCUCUCUUUCGGCAGCCAGGUACUGCAAAGUCUUUACUGGAAUGUCUUGAAGAAAAGUUUUAAGAACUGUUUUUGCUGUCUGACUGUGCAGGGAGAUAUCUGAGCAAGCCCAGAGCUGCCAGGCCUCUCGUGGUGUGGAAUUACAGUCCUGCUGCGAGUUUUUGUUAAAUCUGAGUCUUAAUAAAGGAACAUUGCUGACAGUGGUAUUUGUGCCAGUAUUAACAUCCUAUUUUUAGUGGCUUUUAUCUUUAUAGAAGAUGAUGAAAUCUCCAGCAAUAAAGAAAUACUAAAAUAUAUAUAUAUAUAUAUACACCCCAUUAGUAAACAUAUUAUUCUUCUUAAAUGAAGCAUGUCAAGUAUCAGUGUCAAAAUAGUUCCUGUAUUUUUGGGUGUAGAAACAACUUUAUUACAAGUUUAAACAAAUUCUGAAGUACAAACAAGACAAGGUUUUUCAAGGUUGAUUAAAGCAGCUGUUGACAUUUUACUUUUGUGGACUAAAACUGGUACCACAACAUGGAAAAAAUUCCCAGCUGUGGUGAAAUAGGUCAGACAGCCGUGUGAAUAGACACAAAUUUGAUGAAUAAGCCUGCUGGAAAAAAAACCAAUAAAAUCUGAAGUCUGUCCUACUGUAA